GUCCUCCUGAGUGCUCACGUGCUUCCCUGAUCGUUCUCGAUUCCCCUCAAACCCUAGCUCCGAUUCAGAAUCCACAAUCUCCGUAGCAGCUGAAAGAUGAGCUCGUUCUCGAUCACCCGUAAGAAAACGCCGUUCCAGAAACACAAGGAGGAGGAAGAAGCCAGGAAGAAGAAAGCUGAGGAUGAGACGGCGCGUCUCUAUCAGGAGUUCGUGGAGUCGUUUCAAGGGGAGAGUGGGACCAAGACUUUUGUUCGAGGCGGCACUAUUAACCCCGGCGACAAGCCUAAAGCUGAUUCCGAAGGUGAAAAGUCCAAAGAUGGGGGUUCGGUUUCAAAGAAGGGAAGUAGGUAUGUGCCCUCUUUUCUUCCUCCACCAAUGGCAUCUAAGGGUAAAGAAACAGAGAGGAAGAGGGAGGAGGAGAGACCUAAGGAGAGAGAUAAGGGAAAGACUCGAAACAUAGAUAAUUUCAUGGAGGAGCUGAAACGUGAACAAGAAAUGAGGGAAAGACGUAACCAGGAUCGUGACCGUCAGGGCGAUAGCUCGCCUACUAGCCGCUUUGAUGAGCUACCUGAUGAUUUUGAUCCCACUGGAAGGGUAGGAUCGUUUGAUGAUGGUGACCCACAAACUACAAAUUUGUAUGUUGGCAAUCUAUCCCCAAAGGUUGAUGAGAACUUCCUUUUGCGCACGUUUGGAAGAUUUGGGCCCAUAGCUAGUGUCAAGAUUAUGUGGCCAAGAACAGAUGAGGAGAAGAGGCGACAAAGAAACUGUGGGUUUGUUUCCUUCAUGCAUAGAGCUGAUGGACAAGCUGCAAAAGAUGAAAUGCAAGGGAUCAUCGUGUACGAUUAUGAAUUGAAGAUUGGUUGGGGUAAAGCGGUUUCUCUACCAUCACAAGCAUUACCCGCUCCACCACCUGGACAUAUGGCUAUUCGUAGUAAGGAGGGCUGCAACUUGAUUUUUUCUGGUCAAUCGGGUCCACCAAUAAUAACUUCUGUUCCAACUCAAAACUCUGAGCUGUUUCUUACCCCCAAUGUUCCGGAUAUCACUGUUGUUACACCUGAGAACGAGCACCUUAGACAUGUGAUUGAUACAAUGGCUCUCUAUGUUCUGGAUGGUGAAUGUGCGUUUGAACAAGCUAUCAUGGAGAGGGGCCGUGGGAAUCCACUCUUUAGUUUCUUGUUUGAGCUGGGAUCAAAGGAGCAUACUUACUACGUCUGGAGACUCUAUUCUUUUGCUCAGGGUGAUACACUUCAAAGGUGGAGAACAGAGCCGUAUAUCAUGAUAACUGGUAGUGGAAGAUGGAUACCACCACCACUACCUGUAAAUAAGAGCCUGGAGCAUGAAAAAGAGUCGACAAGCACAUAUGCAGCGGGAAGAAGCAGGCGUGCGGAAGUUGAGAGGCCUCUGACGGAUCCUCAAAGGGAUGACUUCGAGGACAUGUUGCGUGCUCUAACUCUAGAAAGGAGCCAAAUAAAAGAAGCUAUGGGCUUCGCUUUAGAUAAUGCAGAUGCAGCUGGAGAGGUUGUUGAAGUUCUGACGGAGUCCCUGACACUAAAAGAGACAUCAAUUCCAACUAAAGUUGCUAGACUCCUGCUUGUGUCUGAUAUUCUUCAUAAUAGCAGCGCACCUGUUAAAAAUGCAUCUGCAUACCGAACCAAGUUCGAAGCAACACUUCCCGAUAUAAUGGAAAGCUUCAAUGAUCUUUACCGGAGCAUAACUGGAAGAAUUACUGCUGAGGCUCUAAAAGAACGGGUUCUCAAAGUUCUGCAAGUAUGGGCGGAUUGGUUUCUCUUUUCAGAUGCAUACAUAUCUGGACUACGUACAACAUUUCUUCGUUCGGGAAUCUCUGGUGUUACCUCAUUUCAUUCUAUCUGCGGCGAUGCACCAGAGAUAGAGAAGAAAGGUUACAAUGAUAUCAGCGAUAUUGGUUAUCCAGAUAGUGCACUGGCAAUAGGCAAAGAGGGUGCAAGGCAAGAGCUGAUGGAUUUACCAAUUUCUGAGCUUGAAAGACGCUGCCGACACAAUGGACUGUCUCUUGUAGGGGGUAGAGUAGUGAUGGUUGCUCGGCUACUGAGCCUUGAAGACACAGAGAAACAACGUGGAUAUGAAGUAGCGGAUGAAAUUUCAAAGUAUCCGCAGCAAGACCAUUCAACUUGGGAAGAAGUUAGGAAUGUGACUGAGGUUGAAAUGAAAGAGCCUAUGAGUCUGACCACGACAAUACCAAUCCCUCAGCCUGAGCUGAAAGCCUUUGUGGGAAAGGAGAAGAGUGACCUCCUAUUGACAGCUUCAAAAUGGGCUAAGGAGGAUGACGAAGCUGACGAUGAACAACAGAAGAACUACUCUCCGGGAAGCGGCAAUGCUGGUGGGAUAACUUUUAAGGCUGAUGACGAGGAUCUCAAGGAUAGUGAUCGUGUUCGUACCCAACCUGACAAUGGAAUGGACGAGGAACAAAGACAAAAGCGGAGACGCAUAGAAGUUGCGUUGAUAGAGUAUCGUGAAACUCUCGAGGAACAGGGGAUGAAAAACUCCGAGGAGAUAGAGAAAAAAGUUGAAAUCAAACGAAGGAGGCUUGAAGUUGAUUAUGGCUUAACAGGAUCUAACGAGGGCAACAAAAAUAAGAAAUCAACUGUAGAGCGGAAGGAGAGGCCUCCUGAAGAUUCUCGGGAAUCGUCUAAAAAGCGACAGCGUGGGGAAAACCAGAGCGCAAGUCCACCAAGGAAAUCAUCAACAAGGGAGAGAGAUCAUGACUUGGACCGAGACAGGGACAGGGGGAGACUCAGAGACAGAGAUAGGCAACAUGAUUUGAACAGAGAUCGAGACCGACGUGAAAAGAGUUUAAGCCACGAGCGAGACGAUCAUGAUAAAAGCAGAGAGAGAGACAGGGAGUGGCGCAGACGAGGCACGAGAAGAUGAUUGUUCCUUCAGCCGCAUGGUUUGUUCUCUGCAUGAAGCACUGUUCCUAUGAUAAAAUUUCGAAUUUUCAACCCUUCUGUGUUUCUGAACCCAGAAGAUAUGUAGAACUCAUUCUCAGACACAGCUUGUAAUUGUGUGCUCCAUCCCCAAUUUCUAAGAUUUCUCACUCAUUGUUUCUUCUGCAGUUAUAAAUAUUUUGGAAACACAUUUAUUUUCAACAGGUUAAAUUAAUUGCUACUUCCAAGCA